GCAGCUGCAGCUCGCCUCCACAUCCCGUGGCUUUAUAAUUCCCCUCACUACUUUUUUCUCAGCUUUUUUCGAUGUGCCCAUUUAUUGGCAUUUGUGUGACGCGCCCAUUUCCGCACCUGCCGCGAUAGAGAAGAGCAGGCGACGGCGAAGUAGAAGAGGAGACAAGGACAUUGCAAGAGCCUUUUAUUUUAUUUUAAUUUUUUUUUUUUUUUUUUUUUUUGGGGGGGGGGGGAGGCAGACGGCUGAGGUAGCAGCAGUGACUCGUUUAGGGUCUUAGAGGAGGAGGGAGAAGAAGAAGAAGGAAAAAAAUGCUGCUUUGGACCAAAAUAGCUUUGGCUGGUCUCAUCUGCUUGUCCUUGGUGUCCUUUGGGAUGGGAUGCGGACCGGGAAGGGGGUACGGCAGGAGAAGGCACCCGAAGAAGCUGACACCUCUCGCGUACAAGCAGUUCAUCCCCAACGUGGCGGAGAAGACCCUCGGGGCGAGCGGCAGAUACGAAGGCAAGAUCACAAGAAACUCGGAGCGAUUUAAGGAGCUGACGCCCAAUUAUAACACAGACAUCAUCUUCAAGGAUGAGGAGAAGACCGGAGCGGACAGGAUGAUGACUCAGAGAUGCAAAGACAAGCUGAACUCUCUGGCCAUCUCGGUGAUGAACCAGUGGCCCGGGGUGAAGCUCCGGGUCACCGAGGGCUGGGACGAGGACGGACACCACUUCGAGGAGUCCCUCCACUACGAGGGCAGGGCUGUGGACAUCACCACCUCUGACAGAGACAAGAGCAAAUACGGAACUCUGUCCAGGCUUGCGGUGGAGGCCGGGUUCGACUGGGUCUACUACGAGUCCAAAGCGCACAUCCACUGCUCUGUGAAAGCAGAAAACUCAGUGGCAGCAAAGUCAGGCGGCUGCUUCCCGGCAUCCUCCACGGUCUCCCUCCAGGAUGGCACCAAGAAGGAGGUGCAGGACCUCCAGUCCGGGGACCGGGUCUUGGCGGCGGACGGCGACGGGAACCUGCUCUACACCGACUUCAUCAUGUUCAUCGACCAGGACUCGACCACCAGGAGGGUCUUCUACGUGAUCGAGACGGAGGCGGGUCAGCGGAUCGCGCUCACCGCCGCGCACCUCAUCUUCACCGGCAACUCCACGCGGAUGGCGGCGGUGUUUGCCAGCAGAGUGCGCCCCGGGCAGCAGGUGCUCGUGCCCGCCGCCGGGGAGGAGCGGCUCGUGGCCACGACCGUGACACGGAUUUACACGCAGGAGCGCGAGGGCUCGUUCGCGCCGGUGACGGCGCAGGGGUCGGUGGUGGUGGACCAGGUCCUCGCGUCCUGUUACGCGGUGAUCGAGGACCACCAGUUGGCGCACUGGGCCCUGGCGCCCGUCAGGCUCGCCCACCGGGUGUCCUCCAUGCUUUUCAGCUCCGGGCCUCAGACGAGCGCGCGGGGCGACGGGGUGCACUGGUACUCCAAAGUCCUGUACCAGCUGGGGACGUGGCUCCUGGACAGCCACUCUCUCCAUCCACUCGGGAUGUCCCCGAGCUGAAACAUCAGGGAGAGACUGACGCGUCGGACACUCGGACUAUUUAGUAAAAUAAGAUUUAAAAUAAUAAUAAAAACGGACAAACGAGACAAAAAGGCCCCAGCGGAGUUUGGGAUAUUUAUUUCAGUGACUUCUCCAUGUGUCCCCCCCCCAACACACACACUUUUCAAUGAACGAAAUGGAGCCUUAAAAAAAAAAAAAAAUCCUCUUUGAAUAAUUUAUUCUCAUGUGAACUCUGCUGCUGUCACAGAAGUGGAUUGUGAAACGGUGCCAGCAGCACAUUGUGCAUAACCUAUUUUUGUAUAUCUCAACUAGGAAAAAGGUUGAAAAAACUAAGAAAAAAAUAAUAAAAUAAAAUAAAUUAAAAAAAAAAAAAAGAGAGAAAGACAGAACACCCAGAGACCGGAUGUGACGCAGAACGGAGCAGGAAGUGCAGCCUGUUAUAUCUCAGCGGGGUUCCAUAAAUUAUAUUUUUAUACACAGAAUUGUAAAUUAGAUUUUGACAGAUCGCGCUACAGAAUCACAUUUCGUUAUUUGAAAUAGUUGUAAGAUAUGAGAAUAUAUUUUAAUUUAAGAAACAAGUAGCUGAAAGUAUUGGACAAAAACUGCUGUCUUGGUUUAUCAUUCAGAUUUUUUAUUGUUUUCAUGGUCUAAGUUGUUGGAGACAGAUAUUCUGUCUUUAUUAUUUCAUGACUGUAUAUGUUUUCCGUUUUUGUUUGUUUUGUUUUGUAAGGGGAAAAAAAAAAAGAUCAAAAUGCAGACAAUUCAGUAACAGUUAAAGUAGUACGGAAACAGUUUGGUUGAAUAAAUUAAUAACUCCUGUAAAUGUACUAAAAUGUUAUUUUUCUUUCCAUAUUUUGUAAUAGGGAGAUAGUUUUCUAUAGAGGAGACCUGCGGAAGAUGCACAGUCUGGAUAGUCUAUAGGCAGACCAUAACUUUCAUAACAGGG